GAGGACCGGCUCAGCAUUGCCCAAUCAGCUGCCUACAGGCCUCGGUCGCCAAUCAGCAGGCGAGCCGAGCCGGGCGCCGCGGAGGGCGGAGCUGGACGGGGCGGGGCCUGUCAGAGCUUGAGCGGUGGACGCUGCGAGGAGCUAGAUGCCCAAUGAAGAGCCUCGUGCAAACAAGUGCUCAGAGAAUUUGGUCUGUCUGAAUAACGGUCACGAUGGCAGUUUUCCACUCUGCUCGUCCACUGGGAUCAUAAAGAGAACCACAUAGGAAAUUUCACAUUUUCUGGUAACCACAUCAAAGUUAUAAAACAGCACAUUUCAAGUACUAGCGGCCCCAUUUGGCUACUGAUCUCCACAUUUGGUUGACAUUUCUUGUGUGUGUGUGGACCGUGGCUGAAAUAGGACAUCAGACCGAAACUGCAGAGUCCUGAGGCUGGAAGACGUCCCUCUCUACCGGUCUCUACCAUGAUUCACAGUCUUUUCUUGAUCAACUCCUCGGGAGAUAUCUUCCUGGAGAAGCACUGGAAAAGUGUGGUCAGCCGUUCUGUGUGUGAUUACUUUUUCGAGGCACAAGAGAGAGCCACGGAGGCAGAAAACGUGCCCCCGGUGAUCCCCACUCCUCACCACUAUCUCUUGAGUGUUUACCGCCACAAGAUCUUUUUUGUGGCUGUGAUCCAGACGGAAGUCCCACCGCUGUUUGUCAUUGAGUUCCUUCACCGCGUGGUGGACACGUUUCAGGAUUAUUUUGGCGUCUGUUCAGAGCCAGUGAUCAAAGACAAUGUGGUGGUGGUUUACGAGGUAUUGGAAGAGAUGCUUGACAACGGGUUUCCACUGGCUACCGAGUCGAACAUCCUCAAAGAACUGAUAAAGCCUCCCACUAUCCUUCGGACCGUUGUGAACACCAUAACAGGAAGCACCAAUGUGGGUGACCAGCUUCCCACCGGGCAGCUGUCUGUGGUGCCCUGGCGACGGACCGGGGUGAAAUACACCAACAACGAGGCCUACUUUGAUGUGAUUGAAGAGAUCGACGCCAUUAUUGAUAAGUCAGGCUCCACGAUUACUGCGGAGAUCCAGGGGGUGAUUGAUGCCUGCGUGAAGCUGACGGGAAUGCCAGACCUCACCCUGUCCUUCAUGAACCCCCGGCUGUUGGACGACGUCAGCUUCCACCCCUGUGUCCGCUUCAAGCGCUGGGAGUCAGAGCGCAUCCUCUCCUUCAUCCCUCCCGACGGCAACUUCCGGCUGCUCUCCUACCACGUCAGCGCCCAGAAUCUGGUUGCCAUUCCGGUGUAUGUCAAGCAUGGCAUCAGCUUCCGGGACAGCAGCUCACUGGGACGCUUCGAAAUAACCGUGGGACCCAAGCAGACCAUGGGGAAGACCAUCGAGGGCGUGAUCGUCACCAGCCAGAUGCCCAAAGGCGUUCUGAACAUGAGCCUCACGCCAUCCCAGGGGACACACACGUUCGACCCAGUCACCAAGAUGCUGUCUUGGGAUGUAGGAAAAAUAAAUCCCCAGAAGCUGCCAAGUUUGAAGGGGACCAUGAGUCUUCAGGCCGGAGCUUCCAAACCAGAUGAAAAUCCCACCAUUAACCUGCAGUUCAAGAUCCAGCAGCUGGCCAUUUCCGGACUCAAAGUGAAUCGUCUGGACAUGUAUGGGGAAAAGUACAAGCCCUUCAAGGGGAUUAAAUACAUGACCAAAGCCGGGAAGUUCCAAGUUCGAACCUGAAGGGGGAGUUUUGCAGAGGGAACGGCCGUGUACACUUUUUCAUUUCUUACUUGUCGAAAAGUAAAAACUCCCCACCUGUGUCCUAGGUCAGUCCCCUCCUGGGCCCACGUGGGCCCUUUUGUCCCUAGCCUUCAGUGCUGUGGAACUAAGCAGGGGAGGAGAAGGUCCCCGAGGAGAACUGGUUGGAAUGGAAGCAGGGUCUGCACAAGCUGGCCCUCCAGGAGAGGUGUGGACAGAGGGCGAGGACCCUGCUACGUGAAACCGCUUUUCACGGGGUUACUUGGCGAAGACCAGCCCUCGAUGCUUGCUUGGCUUUAAUUAUCUAAGGUAGAAAACUUAGAAUGAGAGAAAGGUGGGAAGAAAAAUGAACGUUAGUCCAAGAAAGGCCAGAUGAAGCUCUGUGAGACGGAAGAAAGGAAUAGCAUUAAGGAAGGGUGGUGAGGCUUUCUAAAGCGAAGGUUGGCAAGAAAAGCCAUCAGAGCACGUUAAGGAGGGCUGAAAAGAGUAGGCGUGAGCUGGUUUCUUUCUGCCCUCUGCUCUCACGUACAAACACACUCAUCCCGCCAGAAUUGAACCGGAGACUUCUGAAAUCCGAGCCCGUGGUUGACGUGGGAAGUCCCCGAAGGACCGUUUUCCCUGAGGACUGUGGUGAGCACAGGCCAGUUUCGAUGCUUACCACGGCCUGCCAUCAGCACUUGGGUCUGUCCGCAUCGGUGACAGGCGACCUGCUUUCUUCCCGGCCUGGACGCCUACAAUGUCUCUUGCCCUCACCAGCCUUUUCCCUGUUGCCUGAUCCUUCUGCAGGAUUUUCCAUGCAAAGUAGGAGGGGCUCAGGAAAGCUGAUUCCGUAGCACCCAGUGCAGGCAGACUUCGCCCGUGGUGGGACGCAGGGGAUGGCCAGCUGGUCUCCCAUGCUGACGCUCGUCACCCUGUGCUCGCCUGUCAGGGCAGGACUGGGACGGGGCCCUAAGCCCUCCUCUCCGGACCUCCUCCAGCCCUAAGUGACGGAGUGGCUGGCACAAAAGCG